UAUAAGAAUAUGAAGAGAAUAUGUGGUUUGUUCACUUUCUCCCCAAUUUAUAUAAUCCAACAACAACAACAAAAAAACGCGAAUUUGGCCAAAUGCCCAAAUAAGCACGCAUUUGAAUUACGUAGUAGAGGAACGUUUUGUUUCACACUUACAUUUCGAAGCUGUAAAAGUGUCAUUACCGCUAUUCAUUCGCGAGCAGAUGCUCCAUUCAGUCCGAAGAACGGCUCUCUUGAGUUUUUGGAGCAGAAUGUCUGGCCUGUACCACACUAUCAGUCAGAUCACUGAUGAGCUCAGCGCAGAUGAAUGCAAGCGGAUCUCUUACCUGUGCGGCGCUCUUGAUAUGGACAAGUUCUCUACAGAUCCCAGAGGCAUGUUACAAUCUGUACUGUGCCAAACGAGGAUGGAUUACAUGUUUCUCAUGGAGCUCAUUCUGAAAAUAAAACGAUAUGAUCUGCUGCGACAAGUGCUGAGCACCAACAAGAGCACGGUUGAGGGACUGCUAAAAAAUGGCCAUUCUGUGUCAGAAUACAGAGUACUGAUGGCUGACGUUAGUGAGGACAUGGACACAGAAGACCUGAAGUCAUUGAAAUUCUUACUGAGAGGAACUUUACCAAAACAUAAACUGGAAAAUGCCCAGAGUUUUUUAGACAUUGCAGUAGAGUUGGAGAAACUCGACCAGCUCUCAAGUGAGAAGAUGGAUUUGAUUGAACAGUGCCUGAGGUCCAUCCAUAGGGCUGAUCUAGCUAAAAAGAUCAGUCACUACCAGCAGACAGUGCUAAUGACCAAACAAGGAUCUUCGCCUCCAGACAGACGUCAGUUCUGCAGAAUGCCAUUGCCAAAUAGCUCAUUUGGUGUCUCAACAGCUUCUUGUAAUGUGAGGCUGAUUUCCAAAUUCUGUGAUAAACCGACAGCACUGAAGAAGGAACUACUUGGCUCUAGCUCCUAUUGUCAGCAGCAGGAGGAAGUGUACAGCAUGCUGAGUGAUCCCAGAGGAGUGUGUUUAAUCAUAGACUGUGUCGGCACUGAAGGAGAUGAGCUCGAGCAAAUAUUUAAGGCCUUACACUUUCAUGUGAUCACGCAUAAGCUGCUGAGUGUGAGAGACGUGCAGUCCACUCUGAGGGAAGUGGCUCAUCAGCAGGGUCACUAUAGAGUGUCUGCUUUUGUCUGCUGCAUUAUCAGCCGAAGCCGCUCAUCAGAUCUGCUGGCCACUGACUCUCACGGUCCAGGACUGAGCCUGGACACUGUCAGGCGCCUCUUCACCUCAGACUCCUGCCCGGGCCUGGCAGGCAAGCCUAAACUCUUCUUUAUCCAGAGCUAUGAUGUGUCCGAGCCUCAGAGGUGUGCUGGGUGUAUGGGGUGUGAAGAUGAGGAGGGUGGAGAGCUGGAGACAGACGGGCCUGUGCUCUUAUGCCGCGCGAGGACGGUCCCAGUGGACGCGGACAUCUUCUGGAGUCACUGCUGGACUAAAGGACAACAGCUGGAGGUGCCAAACCAUCAGUCUGUGUAUCUGAAAGCCUUGAGAUCCUCCUUAACGGAGGGACAGAAAAGGAGGACUCAUUUGGUAGACUUGCACAUGGCGGUGAAUCGUGCAGUAUAUGAGCACAAUCACAAAUCUCCACAAUCAUCUUACUUUUUAAAUCUGAGACACACUCUCAGGAAGAAAGUCUACUUGUAUGCAAGAACAUUUGAUGUUUGAGUAACGAUGAUCAUCACAAUGAUGUCGACAUGAAUUGUAUCAAUUAUGAGUUGCAGUGUUUCAGUAAAUAAAUCUCAGGUUUUGUAAUUGUAGUUUCCUAUAUUGUCCACAUGUUGGCAGUGUUGUCCAGUGUUGGCAAUGAACUUCACCACUGUGUUAAACUUUUUUCUUUUUUACAUUUUAAUUUCUUUGAAAAAAAAUCUGAUUGUCCUUUAAACCAAUAAUUUACAUCAUUUAAUUGAAUUGAAUUAUUUUUUUUUUAAUUGGGAAAAAAAAGUUUGAAUGAAAGUCCCAAACAAUAUUAAACUAUUUGAAUACUGAUAGCUUCUCAGACAGCCUACAGACUGUGUCUACAGUCACAGGAAACUGUAUCACACAUUAUCCAAAUUCCAUUAUAGUCUUCAUAUUUUUUUAAUAUUUUAUUUUUUUUAAAUACAAAUAUUUAUAUUUGAUAUGUAUAUUUAUUGUCAUACUGUGUGCUUAUGUUUGUCAUUCCACGGGUGCCAUUUGU